AUGAUAUUGUCCGAUGAUCCGUCGUUUAAAAAUACAAUGAAUUAUACGAUAUCACUUGAAAAUUUUCAAAAAGUAUUAAUACAUUUAUUAAACAAUAAAUCUUCAGCAACACAGCAAUUUGAUUAUGAUAUUGCAACGUUACGUUAUAAAAUCGGUGAAAUUUAUUUUAAAAUGGAAAAGUAUGAACAAGCAUUGGAUCAAUUUAAAAAAGUAGUUGGUAUUUAUUUAAAUGUAUUUCCAUUAACUCUCUCUAAUCUUGCAAGAAAUUAUGAUGCAAUAACAGACACUUCAAUUCUAAUUUUACAGAAUUAUCUUUUUGAACAUGAAUACUAUUUUCGAUUUAUACCACUUCGUUAUUCUUUACUUGCUGCAACUUAUCGUUAUAUGGCAAGCAUUUAUUUUUUAGAACCCAAACAUAUUGAAACUGCUUUGAGUAUAUAUAAAUUGGCUACUGCAAUUGAAUCGAUUCAACAAGAUUAUUAA